AAGAUGGCAGGAGGAUUGAGCGUUGAAUUUAGUCAAAGGAUUCAGUUACAUGAUGAAGAAGAGAAAAAGCCACUCGACAAAGAUACAACAUUUGAGGAACUGAAGAAUUUUCAACGCUCAUUUAAGCUGCACAUACCAUCAGCAGAAGAGCGGAGCUUGAAAGACAAUAAURUUCAUAGCUCUGGRGAAGCAACCAUGGAUAUAAAGACGGCAAAUAAUUCUUCAACUGUUCAAAAUGUGCCCUUUGAUGGACAAGCAGGUGAAGAUCACAAAGAUGAUUUGGAUCCCCCAACUGAAGAUAUUUUCCAACCACCACCACCACCACCUGUCAAUAAUAAUGUAAAGAGAAGAAAGAAAAAAAAGAAGAGAGCGAGCGACAGUCUGUGCGGAGGUUUUCAUGAUAUUUAUAAGCUGACAGAUGARAUACUUGGUCAAGGGGCUAACACCACUGUCCAGGGCUGUAUUAACACRUUAAACAACAAAGAAUAUGCUGUCAAGAUUGUUCACAAAUCAGCAAGAGUUGACAGGAAAAGAGUAUUAAAUGAAAUUGAAUUGCUUUACCAUUGCAAAGGGCACAAGAAUAUCAUGGAGUGCAUUGAAUAUUUUGAAGAUAAGGACAAGUUUUACAUGAUAUUUGAGAAGAUGGAAGGAGGUCCACUAUUAAAACAUAUUGAAAAAAGAAAGGUAUUCACAGAGAAAGAGGCCAGCAUGGUAGUAAGGGAUAUUGCAUGUGCACUGGAUUUCUUACACAAGAAAGGUAUUGCUCACAGGGAUCUAAAACCAGACAACAUCCUGUGCGCCUUUGCCAACCAGGUUUCUCCAGUGAAAAUAUGUGAUUUUGAUUUGGCSAGUGGAAUCGAUGGUCUAAGUACAGUAACAACACCUCAACUACAAACGCCGGUUGGAUCAGCAGAGUACAUGGCACCAGAGGUUGUUGAUGCCUUCAAAACAAUGGCUACAACAUAYGACAAGAAAUGUGAUUUAUGGAGUCUUGGUGUUAUAUUGUACAUCAUGUUGUCKGGUCAUCCUCCAUUUUAUGGUAAGUGCGGCAGUGAUUGUGGAUGGGAAAGAGGUGACAGCUGCAAGGCUUGCCAGGAGAUGCUUCUACAAAGAAUACAAGAAAGUGUCUAUGAAUUCCCAGAAAAGGAAUGGGAUGGAGUGUCUAGUCUUGCUAAGGAUCUGAUAUCUCAUCUACUAGUACGAGAUGCUACCAAGAGAUACACGGCRGAUAUGGUUCUUGAACAUCCCUGGAUUGAUACGGCAAGUCAUUUUGUACUUGCAACCCCGACACUGCUUAGCAGACAAUCAUCCACACCUGACAACCUUCAAGAAUUUGCCGCAGAAGCUGUAGCAGUGAACCGCAUGGUUAGUGAAGCUAAUGCAAUGUCUGGUAAUGGUGGUCAACCAAGAAUCAACAUACUUGGUCUCUCACCACCAUCCAAGUCAGGCCUGGCCAAGCGCCGCGCAAAGUUACAUGAAGAGCAACUGAGUCAUCAGGUUUUUGAGAAUAAAAAAUGAAUGAAUUAACUGAAUAGAGUGGGACUUGCUCUUAGAGGUCACAUGACUACAUCCCAGGCUCAAUCAGUCAGUACUAUCAGAGGUGUUUUGGAAGGAUUGGGUCUCACUGCCUUUUUUAUCAUGUUUUUCUAUAAAAUGAUUCAAUGUCUUUCUUUAGUUUCCAUUGACAUUGUCUGCAGGCACWCUUGACUUAGUGGAUGGUGUUAUAUGACCUUCUGAUAUAAGUCAGCUAUUUUAUACUACUGUACAUACAAAUCAAUAAAUGAUGUCAAUAUGGAAAUAAGAAUUGAAGCUUAAUUUAAUACCACUUCUCUGAAAACUAAAAUAUCAAAAUGCUAAACAAGGAAUAUUGAUGAUGCAGCAACAUUAAAAUCUUUCUGUACGAAUAUGAUGUAAUCACAAAAUACCUUGCAAAUUAAAAAAACAAAUGUAUAUUAAACACAACAAAUGUAAAUAAAAACAGAACAAUUUCCACACAAA